AUGCCGAAACCACGGCACGUUGGUGUUGACGCCCCUCUCGAGGACGAGUCAGCUCGACCUGCACUCAAGAAUCGCUCGGUGACGGAUCCAAUUUCCACCCACGAUCCUUUUCAAUCUGACUCAUGCACCCCCGAAGAUAUGAAGAAAAAGUCUAAAUUGGAUCUCAUAAAAUCUAAGUUGAGCUUCAAGGAUUUGCGGAAGGAAGUUUCCCUUGAGGAUAUCCGUGUUUCUCCCCCGAUGCCCAAGGCUUUUGAUCUCCCUACUCCGCCAUUGAAUGAGAACUCCAGAAGGGCCUUCCAUUUUGCUGCUUCUCCAAAUACCAUCCCUCCCAUGGCGCAGAGCAACUACAACUUCAAGGCGAAGUUGAAGCCCAUCGACCAAGGUAAUCUCUUCGGCUGCACCUCUCAAUCCAGCACUGCACCAAGUAAAAUCCCUCUUCCUCCUUCUGGAACAUACACCAAUGCGCAUGGCAUUGUGGUUCCGUCCAGAAACCAAAACCGGCGUGUUUCUAGUGCGAAGAGUCAAAGUUCUUCCACUACUCAGGAUAGCACCCAGAGCAAGUCCAGCGCAGAGCACAACACGGGAGCCACUGGGACUGUAAAACGACGACCAAAGAAGCUUGUCCUCUCACGUACCUGCGUGGACAUUUCUCAGAGUUCAAGCGUCUUCUGUAGAGUACCCAAUCAUCAAUCGAACAAGAUAUCGCCCCCCAUGCCUCGCCAUCUUUCCGAGGUACCGGGCAAGACGAGAUACCAGCCCCGAAACUGGGCUGAAAGAGACUGUGGUCCCUCAGUCCCACCCAAGGAGAAUAUUAUUAUUCCAAUUGCUUACAAGGAGAACAAAGCUCCUGUGACCUGUUUGCCUGAUUACAUUCCAUCCUUUCGAGAGCGCAUGGAGAAGGUUGGCCUUCCGCUGGAGGAGAUUGCGUAUCCGAGCCGCAGCAUUCCCAUGCAAGUGGACGACCUCGUCGACAUGGUUCACUCAAUACAGAGACACACGAAUCUCGGUAUCAAUAACCUCAACAACAAGCUGGACGAGCUCGCCAACUGGAUCAGCGACCAGCUUCAGAAACAGGUCACUUCUAUCUCCGACUUGGCGCGUGCUAAAGCCGACCUGAACAGCAAGCAGCUCGAAGUCUCCAAAGAAAUUAUGAAAUUCCAGAUGGAAUGUCGCCUUGAGGUCGGCGUCAUGGAGCGGCGACUCAAUAAUUUCGAAAUGAAGGUUAUGGAUGAAGCGCAAGCCGAGAUUCGUGCGUUGGUUCGCUCUUACGAGGAUUUGAAUUGCAAAACUGAAAACCUCAUCAACGAAUACUCGUCCCAUACGAUUCAAAAAUUUAUUGCUUGUCAGCACCGCAAGAAUGAAGAAGUUCAGAAGGAUAUCACAUACCUCAAGGCCCAGGAUGAAAAAUACAAGCUUGAUGAGACUCAGAAAGAGCAGGUUGUCCGAUGUGUCAAGGCUCCCAUGGACGCCGCCAAGCUCCCUCCUUCCUCUUGCUCAGCUACUCCGAAUCAUAGCGAGCUAUUAGAAGAGCUCCCCGCUAUCUCAAAUGAGCUGGAAGCUCCAAAGGGUCACAUAGGAGCUCCUUCGUAUCCCUCAAUGAAUGUGCAGCGCUUCAGUGAGUCGACUUUUCGCAGUACUCCACCUUUGAUCACUGAACACGAUCGUGACUGUGCUCUGUCUCUGGCACCUACCCCAGCGUCUGACCAUACACCACUUCCUCUGCGGCCCCGAGUGUCCUCCGCGCAGGACCAUAAGCCAGCCGGUACAUUGCCUCGAAGCAUAUCCCUAACGAAGAAAGGAUUUAUGACUGGCCCAAAAGUCUCAGUCUCUAAUGUUCCAGACCACAAAGAGAAGCAACUUGAGAACACCCCCUCCAAUGCAGGAAAGAAACGAUCUUUCUUUGGAUUUCUCCACCGUCGUGAUCACCACGAGAACAUUAUGGGCAGACACUCUCGAUCAUCCCUCCGUCGCACCGAGGGCGCCCUGCUUCUCGACGAUGGCAGCUCGCGAACCUCAACUCCUACUCCACCCAUUCCUGCAAUUCCACGAAAAAUUUCCGAACUUGCUGGUGCGGAGUCAGUGGAUAUCUGA